CUGACAAGACAAGCAAAUAGUUUAAGCACCGACUAAUAUUUUUAUUGUUUUGUUUCAUUUGAAUUGUUUUUGAUAACAUUGUCGGUCUACGGCAACUAAAUGGACAAAUUGAUCAAAAUGAUGAACCACCGAUCUGAAAUAAUUGUGGGCGACAAAUACAGAAUUAUACGUAAAAUUGGCAGCGGCUCCUUUGGCGACAUCUAUCUGGGAGUAAGCAUACAAUGCGGCGAGAAGGUCGCUAUUAAAAUGGAGGCCACCAAUGCGCGUCAUCCACAGCUGCUUUACGAAUACAAGCUCUAUCGUGUGCUAAGUGGCGGUGUCGGUAUACCGCGUAUACGCUUCUACGGCAAUGAAAAGAACUUUAACAUACUAGUGAUGGAUUUGCUUGGGCCAUCGCUGGAGGACUUGUUCAAUUUUUGUAGUCGCCAUUUCACCAUCAAGACGGUGCUUAUGUUGGUGGAUCAGAUGAUUGGACGCUUGGAUUAUGUGCACUUGAAGUGCUUCAUUCAUCGCGAUAUUAAACCAGAUAACUUCCUUAUGGGCAUUGGGCGUUAUUGCAAUAAACUCUUCUUGAUUGACUUUGGGCUGGCCAAAAAGUAUCGCGAUCCACACAAGCGCAUGCAUAUUCCCUAUCGCGAAGAGAAGAACCUGACAGGCACCGCACGUUACGCAUCCAUAAACGCACACAUGGGCAUCGAGCAGUCGCGUCGCGAUGAUAUGGAAUCUUUAGGAUAUGUGAUGAUGUACUUUAAUCGCGGCGUAUUGCCCUGGCAGGGCAUGAAGGCGACCACCAAGAAACAAAAAUACGACAAGAUCUCGGAGAAGAAAAUGUCGACACCCAUUGAGGUGCUAUGCAAGGGUUAUCCGGCAGAAUUCGCCAUGUACUUAAACUAUUGCCGUACUCUGCGCUUUGAAGAGUCACCAGACUACAUGUACUUGCGCCAGCUUUUCCGUAUCUUAUUCCGCACGCUGAAUCAUCAGUAUGACUACAUAUACGAUUGGACCAUGCUGAAGCAGAAGACUCAUCAGAACCAGCAACAGAACUCAUCAAAUAUGCUGACAGCUGAGGAGCGUGAGCGUGAGAAAGAAAAGCAGGGCAGCAACAAGACGCCAGCGUUGACUAACUAGACGCACACAAAGCCUUCAGCCUUAGCUCCGGAACAGCAGUCAACGGAAUCAAUGAAAUGUGGGGAGAGUGAUAGGGAGGGGCGGAGCUAAGACUAGGGAAAAAUAGUAGCAUACCCACAUACACAAUAACUUUACAAUUAUCGAAUAUGAAUGAAAUUGAUUUGCGACAUUAGCCGAAGAGCAAUGUCAGUCAACUAAAUGCACUGGCUGCAUUGCCAGCUAAUGAGGACGACUACACGCUACAAGUUGAAGUUGAAACAUAUACAUAGACAUAUACAUAUAUUCUGUAUAUAUUCUGUACCAUAUAUGUAUAGUAUAUAUGUAUAUGCAUGUAUCAAAUCAUAGUUUAUUUUUUAUACAACUCAAAUGUAAGCGAAUGAGAUAGAGUUAGAUUAGAGAUAGAGAACAUGUUAAAAAGCUAUCGAGUGUAUAUAGAAUUUAGUGUUACACAAUUGAUACUACACGUGCCUCAAUUCACCACCAAAAUCUGUAAAUUCUAAGUGAGCAUGACGCAAAACGACAUCACAAAGUCCUAUUGCUGUAUACAGACAUAUGCACAUGUGCAUAUAUAUGUAUAUAUAUACCAGGGAGAUUUUGUUAUCAAUGCUAUAUAGUUUGUUGCGGUGGACUUGUUAUCAGACCCAGUAGCAGUGCAUCGCUUAUUCAUUUUCAUACACAUAAACACACACAUACAUGUACUACAUAUAUAUAAAUAUAUAUAUAUAUCUUAUAAUGACACCACUGCUUGUGCAGCUUAGUGGUUAAACCACAAACAUGUUCAUCAAUUAGUUGAAAAAAGAAAAAUAUCUAGAAGCAAAAAUAUUUUUUCCAUAUUCAUCGUUUACUUAAGUUACAAGCUAUAUACAUAGCACAUACAUAUGUUUAUGUAUUUAGUCUACACGUCUUUUAGGCGUUCUUUCUAGCUGUGCUACACAACACACACACACACACAUACACAUGCAUAUAUGUAAAUAAGAUAUCUUUUGGCUAAUGAGAGAAAAAAAACAUGACAAAAUUUGUUUAAAGUUUAAAACCGCCUCGAUCGACGAGAAAUUGAUUACAACGACAACGAUAUGAAAAUAAUAUGAAUUUAAUAAGAAACAAAUAAUCAAACCAACACAAAUGUGGGCGUGGCAACAACAACAAAUGUUGCUGCGUUCCCACGACUUUUUGCGAACUGAUCUUUGCCAAGGCAAGCAAAACAAACAAACAAGAUUUGGAUGUAUAAUUUAUAGUUUAGACAGUAUCUAAUAUAAAUAUAUAGA